AUGUACGAGGUGGUGGCAGGCCACGUGUGGCGCUGCGUGAGCAUUGCCCGCAGCCUGCCGCCAGAUCAGCAGACGAAGCUGCAGUUGCCGGUGGACGUGCGGCAGAGGCUACGGCCCCCUCUCCCGCUUGGAUACUUCGGGAACGGGAUAUUCUACACGGGCGCAUUUGCUCUGAUUGGGGAUCUUGUAUUGAAGCCGUUGAGAUUCGCGGUGGAGAAAGUGCACGAGGCAAUCGCUCGAAUGGACGACGAAUACUUAAGGUCUGCUCUGGAUUACUUGGAGUUGCAUUUGCAGAAUAGAGAAGGCAUUGUUCGUACACAGAACCAUGUGAAAUGCCCCAAUUUCGGGAUAACGAGCUGGGUUAGGCUGCCGGUUCACAAGUCGGAAUUCGGGUUGGGGAAGCCUGUUUUUAUCUGUCCCGGCGGAGCUCUCUCAGAAGGCAAGAGUUUUCUAUUUUCUGAUAAGGAAAAUGAAGGGAUCGUGUUUCUUGCAAUCACGCUGCACCAACCACAUAUGGAACGAUUUCAGAAGUUGCUAUACGACAACGAUUCAUGGAUCAUGUCUAAUGUUUAA